AUGGCACCAAAAACAGGGAAUAAGAAGUCGAAGACCGCCCAAGAGGCCAAGGUGAAAAAGACUGCCAACUUUAAGAAGACGAAAGCUGCAGUUGCCAAGAAGCCCGCCGUUGCGAAGAAGCCGGCUCCAACCAUGAAGAAAACGAAGAAGGUAGUCGACCCAGCUGCCCCCAAGAAACCUCUUUCCGGAUUCAUGAAGUUCAGCCAAGAACAUCGUGCCACGGUCAAGGAGGCGAAUCCUGAGCUUACAUUUGGAGCGAUUGGAAAGAUGUUGGGUGAAAUGUGGCGCGCUCUUCCUGAUAAGGAAAAGGCAGCAUACAAGCCCGCCAAAGGUUUGACAGACAAGGCCAUCGAAUCCGUGGUUGCCACCCCUGUCACCCCUGCCGCUUAG